UGUCCCAAUAAAAAUACGGAGACCUCCCCACCACACGGGAGCGAAGUGGUUGUUCCCUGAAGUCCCCACGUGUUCUCAACGUGUGGCGCCGCGGAGCUCGGGACCGGGAUGUGAACCAGGAGAACUUUGACUUGUAUCAUCUUUUACCGAAAUGCUGCUGCGGAGCGACGUGCCGUGGAGGCGGCUGGACAGCCUCUCCUUCGGCCUGUACAGCGCCGAGGAGAUACGGAAGCUGAGUGUGAAGGCGAUCACUAACUUGGUGUUCUUCGACAAUCUUGGAAAUGUCUCAGUCAACGGUCUCUAUGAUCUGUCCAUGGGGCCUUCAGACAAUAAAGAGGUGUGUGCCACCUGCAGUCAGAACUCACAGACUUGCCCCGGACACUUUGGGCAUGUAGACCUACCACUACCUGUCUACAACCCCAUGUUGUUUGAUACCCUGUUCCUACUGGUGCGGGGAUCCUGCCUGCGUUGUCACAUGCUCACCUGCCCCCGGAGCGCCAUCCACCUGCUGCUGAGCCAGCUCAAGCUACUGGACCACGGCUUCGGGGCGGAGGUCUGCGAGGUGGAACAAGUCCUCAACCAGCUCCUUGACCGUAAUAUCAAGGCCUCUGGGAUGGACAUCCAAGAGACACUGGAUGAACACACAAAGGCGGUCAUCGGUACCAAAGCUGAUGAUACAAAACAGAGCCAACAGAUUAAACACACAGUGGAAAGGAGGCGCUGUCUUAUUGAGCGAUUUUGGAAAGUCUUCAUGAAUGGCCGUAGAUGUCCAAACUGCAACUACGGGAAGUUCACCGUGCGCCGGGAAUACAACUCCAAGCUGAUCGUGACGAUGCCGUCGACGCCCCUGGAUCAGGAGAACGGAGAGGAGGACCUCAUGGCUGGGAAGAAGGGCUACAUGACCCCUGUGAUCGCCAAGGAGCAUCUCGUCAAGCUAUGGGAGAAGGAAGGUUUCUUCCUGAGGAAUCUGUUUCUGGGUCUGGACCACGGGCCUGAGCUGGAGCUACAGGCUGAAUUCAACCCUGAACUUUUCUUCCUGGACAUCUUGGUGACUCCUCCUUGCAGGUACAGGCCGCUGAAUCGCCUGGGCGACCGCCUCUUCACCAACGGGCAGACGGUGAACCUGCAGCUGGUCCUGAAGCAGUGCAGGAUCAUCCAGCAGAUCCUCACCCUCAUGGCGGGGGAAAAAGAGGAAAAGGGGGCAGACCCGGCGCUGGGGGAUGUCACGGCGGUGGAGGUGGAGGAAAAGGCCCGCGACCUGGCCCUCCUGGAGGGGGUCCAGGGUCAGACCCUGACGGAGAAGCUGUACAGCAUUUGGAUCCGGUUGCAGACCUACGUCAACAUCGUGUUCGACAGCGAGCUGGACAAGAUCACCCAGGAGAAGUUCCCUGGGAUCAAACAGCUCCUGGAGAAGAAGGAUGGACUUUUCCGGAAGCACAUGAUGGGCAAGCGAGUGGAUUUCGCGGCACGGUCGGUCAUCUGUCCCGACAUGUACAUCGGGACCAACGAGAUCGGACUACCGAUGGUGUUCGCCACGAAGCUCACCUACCCUCAGCCCGUCACGCCCUGGAACGUGAAGGAGCUGCGGCAGGCGGUGCUCAACGGGCCAGACGUGCACCCCGGCGCCCUGGCCGUCAUCAACGAGGACGGCAGCAAGACCAUCCUGUCCCCCUCGGACGCCACGCAGCGCGAGGCCGUGGCCAAGCAGCUGCUGACUCCCUGCCCCGGCCGCCAAAAGAUGGCCAUGAAGAUCGUGAACCGCCACAUAAAGAACGGGGACGUCAUGCUGCUGAACCGCCAGCCCACGCUGCACAGGCCCUCCAUCCAGUCGCACCGUGCCCGCAUCCUGCCCGGGGAGAAGGUGCUCAGGCUCCACUACGCCAACUGCAAAGCCUACAACGCCGAUUUCGACGGCGACGAGAUGAACGCCCACUUCCCCCAGAGUGAGCUGGCCCGCGCAGAGGCCUACACACUGAUCAGCACAGACCAACAGUACCUGGUGCCCAAGGACGGUAAGCCCUUGGCGGGGCUGAUCCAGGACCACAUGGUCUCCGGCACCAGGAUGACGCUGCGCGGCUGCUUCUUCACCCGGGACCACUACACGGCCCUGGUGUACCGGGGCCUGACGGACCGCUGGGGCCGCGUCCGGCUGCUGCCGCCCACCGUCCUCAAGCCCCAGCAGCUGUGGACCGGGAAGCAGGUGGUGUCUACCCUGCUGCUGAACAUCAUACCAGAGAAAGCCCUGCCGCUAAACCUGAACGGCACGGCCAAGAUCCCCAGCAAGUCCUGGAUCCAAGUCCCGCCCCGAGCGGUACCAGGAUACGACCCCGACAGCAUGUGUGACUCAACGGUGGUGAUCCGCCAGGGCGAGUUGCUGAGGGGCGUGCUGGACAAGGCCCACUACGGCUCGUCCAUCUACGGCCUGGUGCACUGCUGCUACGAGCUGUACGGCGGCGAGACGGGCGGCCGCCUGCUCACCUGCCUGGCCCGCCUCUUCACCGCAUACCUGCAGCUGUACAAGGGCUUCACUCUGAGUGUGGAGGACAUUUUGGUGAAGCCAGGGGCCAACCGACAGCGGAAAAAGCUCAUCAAAGAGUCUCAAAAGAUCGGCACCAGGGCCCUGCAGAUGGCCUUCAACCUGCCCGAGAACGUGGACCCUGCGGAGGCCAGGGGCCGGUGGCAGGACGCUCACCUCAACCCCGACCAGAGGGACUUCAACCUGGCCGACAUGAAGUUCAAGGAAGUGGCCAACCAAGUGAACAAUGGCAUCAACAAGGUCUGUAUGCCAGCUGGGCUCCACAGGUCCUUUCCCGACAACAACCUCCAGCUGAUGGUCCAGUCUGGAGCCAAGGGCUCCUCGGUCAACACCAUGCAGAUUUCAUGCCUCCUGGGCCAGAUUGAGUUGGAGGGGCGUCGGCCUCCCCUGAUGCCUUCUGGGAAGUCGUUGCCGUGCUACCAGCCCUACGAGCCGUCGCCGGCCGCGGGGGGAUUCAUCUCCGGAAGGUUCCUCACUGGCAUCAGACCGCAGGAGUUCUUCUUUCACUGCAUGGCUGGCAGAGAGGGGCUAGUUGACACCGCAGUCAAAACCUCCAGAUCAGGAUAUCUGCAACGGUGCAUCAUCAAGCACUUGGAGGGGCUGGUGGUGCAGUACGACCUCACGGUGAGGGACAGCGACGGCUCCGUGGUGCAGUUCCUCUACGGGGAGGACGGCCUGGACGUCCCUAAGAUCCAGUUCCUCCAGUCCUCCCAGUUCCCCUUCAUAGAGGAGAACUACCAGGUGAUCAAGAAGUCCCAGGACCUGGACCAGUUGUUGUCCCGGUUCGACCCCACGGCCGCCCGCCAACACUUCUCCGCCGUGAAGCGCUGGAAGGCCAAGCGCCUGGACUCCUCUCCACGUAACGGAGGGUUCCUCCUGUUCUCCCAGAAGAAGCUGGCAAAGCAAAGGCAGUCGGAGGGUGGCCAGGGAAGCCAGAUCUGCGGCCGAGAAGCUGCCACCAUCCAGCUGAUGGAGCGCUGGCGAUCCCUGGAGGCGGGCAACCAGCUCAAGUACCGCCGCAAGUCGUCCCGCUGCCCAGAGCCCAGCCUGGGGACCUUCCGGCCCGACCUCUGCUUCGGGGCCGUGUCGGAGAGCUUCCACGAGGUCAUGGAGAAGUACAUCCAGGCCACGCCCCGCCGCUGCGGCCUGGACUCCGACAGCCUCCGCCACCUCCUGAACUACAAGUGGCAGCGGUCCCUGUGUGACCCGGGCGAGGCGGUGGGGCUGGUGGCCGCGCAGUCCAUCGGCGAGCCCUCCACCCAGAUGACGCUCAACACCUUCCACUUCGCCGGCAGAGGAGAGAUGAACGUCACACUGGGUAUACCCAGGCUCAGAGAGAUCCUGCUGGUGGCCACGUCCCGGAUCAAGACGCCCAUGAUGAGCGUUCCUGUGCUGGGCCACAUGUCGGCUCAGAGAAAGGCCAACAGCCUCCGCAAGAAGCUCACCAGGGUGUGUCUGGCCGAGGUCUUGCAGCGAGUGGAGGUCACAGAGAAACUGAGGAUCAAGAGCACCACUGAGAAGAUGCAGGUGUUCAAUGUUGAGUUUCACUUCCUGCCGGCAGAACGCUACCAAGAGGAUAAGAUUCUGACGCCUCAUCAGAUACUGCGCUUCAUGGAAACCAGGUUUUUCUUCCUCAUGCUGGAAGCCAUCAAGAAGCGCUCGCUGAAGUUGGCCUCCAUCGCCGUGGAGACCAGGAAGGCCACGUCGAAGGACCAGGACGGAGCUGCCGGAGUGGCGGGAGGCGAUGACGGAGACGGAGAGGGGGAGGAGCCGGAGGCGCCCAUCGUAGACGACCGGGAGAACGAAGGGGACACCGACGCCACGGACGUAAAGCGGCAGGAGAAGCAGAAAGAAGAGGUUGACUAUGACAGUGAGGAAGACGAGGGGGAUCCAGAGGACAAGCCAGAAGGGGAGGUGGAAAAGGAGGAUGGUGAUGGUGAUGAUGAUGAUGAGGAGGAAGACGGCGGUGCAGAAGAGGCACAGGAAGGAAGUGGCCUCGAACCGACGCCCAAAAAUAAGAGGGGACGCAGCACCAUGGACCCCACGCGGGUGACCUCGGUGCUGGCCUCCCAACAAGCCAUCGAGAGCUACUCCUACGACGCGAAGCACAGCCUCUGGUGUCAGGUGACCAUCGCCCUCCCGCUGACCAACGUGCACUUUGACCUGACGUCGCUGCUGUCCACGCUGGCCCACAGCGCCGUCAUCAUGCAGACGCCCGGCAUCACGCGCUGCCUGCUGAACGAGGCCACGGGCCGCACGGGGCAGAAGGAGAGCCUGCUGAACACGGAGGGCAUCAACAUGCACGAGCUCUUCAAGUACAGCGACAUCCUUGACCUCAACCGCCUGUACUCUAACGAGGUGCACGCCAUGGCCAACACCUACGGAAUAGAAGUGGCUCUGAGGGUCAUCGAGAAGGAGAUCAGGGACGUCUUUGCCGUCUACGGCAUCGAGGUGGACCCCAGGCACCUGUCGCUGGUGGCCGACUACAUGUGCUUUGAGGGCGUAUACAAACCCUUCAACCGGUUCGCCAUCCGCUCCAACUCGUCCCCGCUACAGCAGAUGACCUUCGAGACCAGCUACAAGUUCCUCAAAGACGCCACUCUGAUGGGUGCUCACGACGAGCUGCAGUCGCCCUCCGCUUGUCUGAUCACUGGCAAGGUGGUGAGGGGAGGAACGGGGCUGUUUGAGCUGAAGCAGCCCCUGCAGUGAGAGAGGCCGCAGCCCCAUAGAACCCCCCUGCAGCACAGCUCCUCAAACGCCCCUGCCCGCCUGCGUUUGUCCAAAGUGAAAGAACUCUGAAACCAUGAACUUGCACAGUUAUGCAAAUGCAGAAGUGUGUAUGUCCUGUUUGCUAAAACUGUGUGUGCUUAACUUUUCCUUUGUGUAUAUCUAAGUAGUUGUGUUUAUUUGAUUGAUUUACGAUUGACUUAGCGACACAGCUGAUGGGAUGUUGUCCGGGAAAUUUUGCACCACAAGGUUUUAACUUCACAAAUAUGUGCAUGUGAACAUAUUUCAACCGUCAAAAUAAACAUUUUUAUUCAAGCGUA